UCUUCUACGUGACACAUGUUUACUAAAACAGGCUCCAAAGACGAAUAUGUGUAUUUAAAACACUUUUAUUAUCUUACAGGAAGAGCGAAAAAUCGUAACAAGCGCGAGCAGAAUACAGCGACACGUUUCACCAAACCAGACCAAUCCGGUAUGUUGGAACAUUGUAAUGAAAUACUAAACAAAGAGGCGGUCACGAGGACAGCUACGUAUUCUCUUCCUGCUUUCAACAGCUGCCGUAACUACGACAACCAUAGACUCAUCCGGAUGAAAGUCGCCAGUUAGCAGGGUCGCCUGAUAAACCGUGACACCGGUGAACCCGCACAACUCAGACCAGGAGCACGAGCAGGACCAAGAGCACUACAAGAGCGGAAUGGAGGAGGAGCAGCGGAACCCGGACCAGCGGAGCUACAAGGUCCCCCGUAGACCAGCAGCAGGCUCGUCCUCUGAUCCCACCGAUGUUCAGGUGUUGAAGGAGUGCUCCAUCCCGCUGACACGUGUCAGGAUCAGCAGUGCGAUGUUGGCUGCGAUGGACGCCGUUGGACGCUCAGCAGCUGAUCCAAAAGGCCAAAAGAAACGGAGAGGAAGAAAGGGACUGAUUCAUCAGAGAGUUCACACUGGAGAGAAACUACACAGCUGUGAUGAAUGUGGAGCAGCUUUCACUACAUCGGGUAGCCUGAAAUCACAUCAACGCAUUCAUACUGGAGAGAAACCCUACAGCUGUGAUGAAUGUGGAGCAGCGUUCACUACAUCAGGUAACCUGAAAUCCCACCAACGCAUUCACACUGGAGAGAAACCGUACUGGUGUGACCAAUGUGGUAAAACCUUUUCUCGGCAUAGUUCCCUUAAAAUCCACCAACGCAGUCACACUGGAGAGAAACCCUACAGCUGUGAUGAAUGUGGAGCAGCUUUCACAACAUCAGGUCACCUGAAAGAACACCAACGCAUUCACACUGGAGAGAAACAGUACUGGUGUGACCAAUGUCGUAAAACCUUUUCUCAGGAUAGUUCCCUUAAAGUCCACCAACGCAUUCACACUGGAGAGAAACCGUACUGGUGUGAUGAAUGUGGAGCAGGUUUCACUACAUCAGGUGAGCUGAAAAGACAUCAACGCAUUCACACUGGAGAGAAACCCUACAGCUGUGUUGAAUGUGGAGCAGCUUUCACAACAUCAGGUGAGCUGAAAAGACAUCAACGCAUUCACACUGGAGAGAAACCGUACAGCUGUGAUGAAUGUGGAGCAGCGUUCACUACAUCGGGUAGCCUGAAAUCACAUCAACGCAUUCACACUGGAGAGAAACCCUACAGCUGUGUUGAAUGUGGAGCAGCUUUCACAACAUCAGGUGAGCUGAAAAGACAUCAACGCAUUCACACUGGAGAGAAACCCUACAGCUGUGAUGAAUGUGGAGCAGCUUUCAUUGAGUCACGUUCCCUUAAAGUCCAUCAACGCAUUCACACUGGAGAGAAACCCUACAGCUGUGAUGAAUGUGGAGCAGCUUUCACAACAUCAGGUCACCUGAAACGCCACCAACGCAUUCACACUGGAGAGAAACCGUACUGGUGUGACCAAUGUGGUAAAACCUUUUCUCGGGAUAGUUCUCUUAAAGUCCACCAACGCAUUCACACUGGAGAGAAACCGUACUGGUGUGACCAAUGUGGUAAAACCUUUUCUCGGCAUAGUUCCCUUAAAAUCCACCAACGCAUUCACACUGGAGAGAAACCCUACAGCUGUGUUGAAUGUGGAGCAGCUUUCACAACAUCAGGUGAGCUGAAAAGACAUCAACGCAUUCACACUGGAGAGAAACCCUACAGCUGUGAUGAAUGUGGAGCAGGUUUCACUACAUCAGGUUACCUGAAAGACCACCAACGCAUUCACACUGGAGAGAAACCGUACUGGUGUGAUCAAUGUGGUAAAGCUUUUUCUCAGAGUACUAGCCUUAAAGUCCAUCAAUGUAGUCACACUGGAGAGAAACCCUACAGCUGUGAUGAAUGUGGAGCAGCUUUCACUGAGUCAGGUUACCUGAAAAUACAUCAACACAUUCACACUGGAGAGAAACCCUACAGCUGUGAUGAAUGUGGAGCAGCUUUCACAACAUCAGGUCACCUGAAAAGACAUCAACGCAUUCACACUGGAGAGAAACCGUACAGCUGUGAUGAAUGUGGAGCAGCUUUCACAGCAUCAGAUGACCUGAAACGCCACCAACGCAUUCACACUGGAGAGAAACCAUACUGGUGUGACCAAUGUGGUAAAACCUUUUCUCGGCAUAGUUCCCUUAAAAUCCACCAACGCAUUCACACUGGAGAGAAACCCUACAGCUGUGAUGAAUGUGGAGCAGCGUUCACUACAUCGGGUAGCCUGAAAUCACAUCAACGCAUUCACACUGGAGAGAAACCCUACAGCUGUGAUGAAUGUGGAGCAGCGUUCACUACAUCAGAUCAACUGAAAAGACAUAAACGCAUUCACACUGGAGAGAAACCCUACAGCUGUGAUGAAUGUGGAGCAGCUUUCAUUGAGUCACGUUCCCUUAAAGUCCAUCAACGCAUUCAUACUGGAGAGAAACCCUACAGCUGUGAUGAAUGUGGAGCAGGUUUCACUACAUCAGGUAACCUGAAAGACCACCAACGCAUUCACACUGGAGAGAAACCGUACUGGUGUGACCAAUGUGGUAAAACCUUUUCUCGGGAUAGUUCUCUUAAAGUCCACCAACGCAUUCACACUGGAGAGAAACCGUACUGGUGUGACCAAUGUGGUAAAACUUUUUCUCAGAGUGCUAACCUUAAAUCCCACCAGCGCAUUCACACUGCAUCGUUGCGAACACACUCAGACCAGGAGCACGAGCAGGACCAGGAGCACUACAAGAGCGGAAUGGAGGAGGAGCAGCAGAACCCGGACCAGCGGAGCAACAAGGUCCCCCGUAGACCAGCAGCAGGCUCGUCCUCUGAUCCCACCGAUGUUCAGGUGUUGAAGGAGUGUUCCAUCCCGCUGACACGUGUCAGGAUCAGCAGUGCGAUGUUGGCUGCGAUUGACGCCGUUGGACGCUCAACAGCUGUUCCAAAAGGCCAAAAGAAACUGAGAGGAAGAAAGGGACUGAUUCAUCAGAGAGUUCACACUGGAGAGAAACUACACAGCUGUGAUGAAUGUGGAGCAGCGUUCACUACAUCGGGUAGCCUGAAAUCACAUCAACGCAUUCAUACUGGAGAGAAGCCGUACUCGUGUGAUCAAUGUGGUAAAGCUUUUUCUCAGAGUACUAACCUUAAAGUCCAUCAACGUAGUCACACUGGAGAGAAACCCUACAGCUGUGAUGAAUGUGGAGCAGCUUUCACAGCAUCAGAUCACCUGAAACUCCACCAACGCAUUCACACUGGAGAGAAACCGUAUUGGUGUGACCAAUGUGGUAAAACCUUUUCUCGGCAUAGUUCCCUUAAAAUCCACCAACGCAGUCACACUGGAGAGAAACCGUACAGCUGUGAUGAAUGUGGAGCAGCGUUCACUACAUCAGAUCACCUGAAAAGACAUAAACGCAUUCACACUGGAGAGAAACCCUACAGCUGUGAUGAAUGUGGAGCAGGGUUCACUACAUCAGGUGAGCUGAAAAGACAUCAAUGCAUUCACACUGGAGAGAAACCCUACAGCUGUGAUGAAUGUGGAGCAGCUUUCACUGAGUCAGGUCACCUGAAAGAACACCAACGCAUUCACACUGGAGAGAAACCGUACUGGUGUGACCAAUGUGGUAAAACCUUUUCUCAGGAUAGUUCCCUUAAAGUCCACCAACGCAUUCACACUGGAGAGAAACCGUACUGCUGUGAUGAAUGUGGAGCAGCUUUCACUACAUCGAGUAACCUGAAAUCACAUCAACGCAUUCACACUGGAGAGAAACCCUACAGCUGUGAUGAAUGUGGAGCAGCUUUCACAGUAUCAGAUCACCUGAAAGUCCACCAACGCAUUCACACUGGAGAGAAACCGUACUGGUGUGACCAAUGUGGUAAAACCUUUUCUCGGCAUAGUUCCCUUAAAGUCCACCAACGCAGUCACACUGGAGAGAAACCGUACUGGUGUGAUAAAUGUGGCGCAGCUUUCACAACAUCAGGUUACCUUAAAGUCCAUCAACGCAUUCACACUGGAGAGAAACCCUACAGCUGUGAUGAAUGUGGAGCAGCUUUCAGAACAUCAGGUACCCUGAAAAUACAUCAAUAUGUUCACACUGGAGAGAAACCCUACAGCUGUGAUGAAUGUGGAGCAGCUUUCACUACAUUAGGUAACCUGAAACUCCACCAACGCAUUCACACUGGAGAGAAACCCUACAGCUGUGAUGAAUGUGGAGCAGCUUUCACUACAUUAGGUAACCUGAAACUCCACCAACGCAUUCACACUGGAGAGAAACCCUACAGCUGUGAUAAAUGCGGAGCAGCUUUCACAAGAUCAGGUCACCUGAAAAGACAUCAAUAUGUUCACACUGGAGAGAAACCCUACAGCUGUGAUGAAUGUGGAGCAGCUUUCACUACAUCAGGUCACCUGAAAGAACACCAACGCAUUCACACUGGAGAGAAACCGUACUGGUGUGACCAAUGUGGUAAAACUUUUUCUCAGAGUGGUAAACUUAAAUCCCACCAGCGCAUUCACACUGCAUCGUUGUGAACAUGUUUCAGAUGCCAGCUAGCUGUUUCCUCCUGCCUGCUCCCCAUGCCCUGAUAGCUGUGUUGUUGUAUUCUGAGCUUCUCUCCACAUUGAAGGCUGACCAAUAGUAACUUCAUGUUCUAAACAACAUGUGUGUUUUCGUGGCUACGACUACAUACUUGGACCACCAGCAACUUCCCAGUGGGACUCUGUUAUGAGGCCGAACUGUCAGAACAUCUGGAAUAAUCUUCCAGUCACAAGGAGGGAGAACCAGCCACAAACCUUUAAAAAAUCUUAAAGGUAAAUUUUGGUUUAUUUCAACCUGACGUAUUUCCCAUAAAUGUUACCGUUGUGACUCUGUGGGUCACGCUAACUUUUCCCCCAGCACCUCUGUUAGAGAGGUUCAGGGAAACAAGGACUGGUGCAGAACAUUGAUAUCAAGGACAGCUGCUCGAGCCUCCUACAACUUUCCAAAUUAACUGACUCGGUCAGAUAAAGUGACAACAAGUUAGCGGGACCAAUAGAGUCACAAUGGACACAUUCAUGGGAAAUACAUCAGGUAGAAAUAAAGUGGAAGUUUCCUUUGACAUAUCUGCUGGUACACCCUAAUGACAGGACAUUCACCUCCGACACCAGAGACCAUCUUUGAACAGAGACAGGCAUUGCCAGAAAUUAAUUUUAACAUAGAGGUAAUGACGAAACAUUUAGAAAAUCUAUUUUGACCAUAUGCGAUCGUGAGAUCGGCAUUAAUGCUUUCUAGUCGCCGACUGCUGAUAACUCUGUGAACAACAAAUCCGUGUUGAAAUCUGCAGGACGAGAGCUAGUUAACGGGAGGUGCCAUUGAGUUACAUUAUGAUGCGUUCAGGCUCUAUUCAGUAAAACUGAGUAAAAAUGUGCACUGGCAGGGAGCUGUCAGAAGAAAACU